ACAUCGUAGGACUUUUGUUUUGAAGUGUCGUCGAACGCUUAUUUACCAGGAAAUGGAAUUCCAAAAAUUAUUGCGCGAAAAUCAACGAAAUGACAGCACGAGUUAGAAUGGCUGAGAACGGUGCACAGUUGGUAAGCAGACUUGAAGGGCGACAGUCAUUGAGGGACAUUGAACCCAAUAUAUUUCCUGUCGACGGUGGUCCAGGUCAAGGUGAUGUCGUGGAGUUUCACGGCUUGGAGGGCACAGGAAAGACCGAAACCUUGUACCACCUCAUCACCCGCUGCAUCAUGCCAGUCCAGAGUGGAGGUCUGGAGGUGGCGGUGGUCUUCGUUGACACGGACUACCAUUUUGACAUGCUGCGCUUCGUGAGCGUUCUGGAGGGACGUUUGGCUGAAGACUCUAAGGAGGGUGAUGGCUCUGAAAACGAACCAGAGGAGAGGGUACGUUCAUGUCUGGGCAGGGUGUCUGUAGUGCACUGCAACAGCUCAGUACAGCUCCUCCUAACCCUACAGUACCUCGAAAACACCUUUUCCAGCCAGCCCUCCCUCGGCCUUCUGAUCAUCGACAGCAUUUCUUCCUUCUACUGGGUGGACAGAUUCAAUGGCGGUGAGAGCACUGUUUGUCAGGAGGCUAACCUGAGAAAGUGUGCCGAGUUGCUGGACAGACUCCGCAGAAACUAUGGCAUUGUGAUUUUUGCCACCACUCAUGCCAUAAUGAGGAAUUAUGGAUCUGAUCCAGGGGUGUCAGAAGUGCCUGGCUCAUCAUCAUCAUCUCGCAGGUGGAGGUCAGCUGAUAGUGUUACAGACUUUGACAAGCCCUACCUGUGUAAAGCAUGGCAGAGAAUAGUAACUCACAGAAUGCUGUUCACUAAAAGUCAUGUGUUGAAGGACAGCAAGCAGGUUUUCUCCACAGCAUGUACCAGCAUAAUGACCAAAGGUGUUCAAAGAUGCUUGUUUCAUGUCAUGGAGGACGGUAUUAAAUUUGUAUGUGACAAGUGAGCAUGUACUGAAAUUCUCAGUACAGGAAAUAUUUGCUUUUGGGUUGUCACACAGGAGGACUACUUGGUGGACUAAAAAAAAAAAAAAAAUCUUAAAAUGUCCAAUUAUUGUCUGUCAGUGUGUUAAAUAAUCAAUGCAAUACUUUUUCUGUUUUCUUUACUAAAUAAAUAAUUGCAAUGGACCGUUAA